AUGACAAUCUCAUCGCAUGUGCUACAGCAGCCACCUGGGUUGAUUGUUGUAUGGGUCUUGGUGGCUGCCUUCUCGUCUUGCUCGUAUCCUCUUAUUCGAGAGAGUUACGAGUUCGGGAGACUCUUUGUUGUGUCAAUUGCCUUCUUGACAAUAUUUCCUAUGCUGAUUUCCUAUGCUGACUAUUCAUCCAGUCCAUUAUAUUGUUACGAUACGGCUGUACUAAUGUCUCGAGAAAACGUUGAUAUCCUAGCUGACAUGAUUGGAUCUCUAGAUGCGUUCAGUAGAAGCCAAACUCGUCUUGUAGUCGUCGUUGAUGGCCUCGAUAAUUGUGGACAGGAACGCAUGGUUUAA